UCCGUGGUUGGAUGUGGAAGUUGUACCUGUCGGUCUGAAGAGGGAAAUGGUAGUUUGUUUGGUAAAUGUGGAUUGGACGUAUUUUUCAGUUUCGAUGGCCGUAUCGAAGGAAGCGGAAUUGAUAAAUUAACGUCGUUUAUCAGAUAAGUUGGUGUGCACCCAUGCAUUACUCUGCCAGGGUGGCCAUGGCUCGUGAUAUCAACAUCUAGUGGUACGUAAUUAUAAGCACCAGACUUCCAGCUGAGCAGCCAGCAUGGGGAACAGCUGUCGUAAGCGAGAACAGCAGCCAAGAUGUUGUCCUGGUGGAUACAAAAUGCAUGAUGGGUUGGACUCAGAUGGUAUCCAUCACAGCAGUGGUGGUGAUCCUCGCUACAUACCUGAUCCUAACCGACCCCUUGAAAUGCGGAAGAGACAAAUCGGAGACAUAAUCCGCAUAACAGCUACUCCAUUUCCACAACAGCGGGGCCGUGUAGUGGUGGCUGUGUACAACUAUCAGGCCCGUGAAGACACGGAUGUGUCGUUCACUAAAGGUGACCGGAUGGAGGUUCUUGAUGACAGUGAGUCAGAUUGGUGGCGAGUGAGACACCUGCAGACACGAGAAGAGGGGUUGAUCCCCUGGAAUUUUGUAGCUGAAGAGAAAUCUGUAGAGAGUGAGGACUGGUUCUUCAAGAAAAUAUCAAGAAAGGAAGCAGAGAAGCUGCUGUUAGCUGAAGAGAAUGCACGAGGCACAUUUCUUGUGCGAUGUAGUGAGCAUAACCCACAGGGAUACUCUCUGAGUGUUAAAGACUGGGAAGAAACACGUGGUCAUCAUGUGAAACACUACAAAAUCAAACCCUUGGACAAUGGGGGCUACUACAUUGCUACCAACCAGACAUUUUCUACUCUGCAAGCCUUGGUUCUUGCCUACACUAAAAACUCCCUGGGUUUAUGCCAUGUGCUAGCCAGACCCUGUCCAAAACCCAGACCUCAGAUAUGGGACCUGUCCCCUGACCUCAGAGACCAAUGGGAAAUUGAUCGUUCAGAGGUGCAACUUCUCCGUAAGUUGGGCCAUGGUAACUUCGGGGAGGUGUGGUAUGGAAAGUGGCGAAACAACAUUGAGGUUGCUGUGAAAACGCUGAGGCAAGGGACAAUGUCAACACAAGCAUUCCUGCAGGAAGCUUCAAUCAUGAAGAAGUUCCGGCAUGAUCGUCUGGUGGCAUUGUUUGCAGUCUGCUCCAAAGAGGAGCCAAUCUACAUUGUUCAAGAAUACAUGUGCAAUGGGAGCCUGCUCGAGUUCCUCAGAAAUGGGGAGGGCAAGAAUCUACAGUUUGGGGACCUGGUGUAUAUAGCAGCUCAGGUUGCUAGUGGAAUGGAAUACCUGGAAGGCAAACAGCUUAUCCAUAGAGACCUGGCUGCCAGGAAUGUUCUGAUUGGUGACAAUAAUAUUGCUAAAAUUUGUGACUUUGGAUUGGCUCGAGUAAUAGAGGAUGAUGAAUACUGCCCUCGGCAAGGGUCACGCUUUCCAGUAAAAUGGACGGCUCCUGAGGCAAUAGUGUAUGGAAGAUUCUCCAUCAAAUCAGAUGUAUGGUCUUACGGUAUAUUACUCAUGGAAUUGUUCACUUAUGGACAAGUGCCCUACCCAGGUAUGCAUGGAAGGGAAGUUAUUGACCAGGUUGAGAAGGGAUACCGCAUGCCUAAACCUGUGUCUCACCAUAUACCAGAUGACAUCUAUAGGCUGAUGCUGCAGUGUUGGGAUGCAAACCCAGAGAACAGACCCACAUUUGAGUUCCUGAACCACUACUUUGAAGACUUCACCAUUACUUCUGAGGUACCCUACCGAGAAGUAAUGGAUUAGUGUCAUAUUGCAUUGUUGCAUAGUAUAUUCAUGAACCAGAGACAGUGAAACAAUAUUGCCAGAACUUUCUGCAGCAUUUCAGAACUUGAAUGAGUUUGUGGAGGAUUUUUGGCAGACAUGGUUGUACUUUGUCAAUUUAAGUAGAGGUGAUAUGUCUGAACAAGUUGUUUGGUGGGGCAUGAAGCUUGAUCUUCCAAGUUUUCAUUAUCUUGGAGGAGAAAGUGAGGGGCAGAGGUAUUUUACUUCCCAUUGCAAAUAUUCCAAUUUGGCAUAAAUCCUCAGUCAGGACUCCUGUCUGGUCUCUGUUUGUCCCAUUCUCACACUCAUUGUAUCUCAUCAAUUGACUUAUGCACGGGAGGCAUGGUGUGAUAGAAACCAGUUCACCAGGUCAAGGGUAACAAAGCUAGAUGCCACCAUUAUGAACCACAGUCAAAGAAAUUCAGCAAGUGGUGGUGACGUCUAGAGCCCCCCAUGAAAAAAAAAAUUGUUGAUGUAACAGUUUACUGUCUUCAUUCGCCAGGAGGCCAUACUUGUGUGAUUUUCAUAUUUUUGGCCUUUGAUUAAGUCAGUUAUAGAAUACUGACUUGAAUGAGACUAUGAACUGCAGCAGAUUAUGUGUGGUUGACAGGACCAGCCAUCCAUGGAAUUCUACAGUAGAGAAUCCAUUGCAGGAGAUCCUGCUGGAUGCAAGUCUUGAUGCAUAGAGUGAGUUUGUAAUUGGACAAAAUAGAUCUUCAGUAAUUACUUUAUGUGGGUUUUUGUUGAAACUCCCUUAUAUAUGUAUCUCAGAUUUAAGUGUGCCAUAGUGGAAUUUUAUUCAAAUAUGCUCUAGGCAUGAGAUAACUACUCUCCAGUCCUUUUCCCCAUACAAUUAGAAGGUUACAUUAGGGGUUCAAGGCUUGAUUUCAAGCAGUGUAUUUUGCAUCAUGGUUGCUGAAUCAGCACAUGGAAUUCUCUUGUUAUAGGUGCUUCUGAGAGUAAAAUUGAUAAAUUCAUUGUUGAUAUCAGCACAUUCAUUACUAAACACAGUGGAAAAUGUCAGCUGCAGUGUUAUCCAUGUAUGGUAGUCAUCUUGAUAAUCAGAAGCAAGGUGCAAAUUCUAGUCUUGUAGUUUGAAUGGUAUAUUUGUUUUCAGAUGAGCAUGUUACUUAAAUUCUUUUAAUGAAGUAUGAUUCUAUUACUUAAUUAUUUUACUGAUCACUCUGUUGGCUAAUAAGUUAAUUGUAAGUGGUUAAUUUAUUAAAGAUAUUGGCUGAAAGCCCUACUUAAAGAGUGCAGUGAAAUCCCAAUUUAUCAUUCUCACAUUCAGUGAAAUCCCGAUUUAUUGUUUCCACUUUUAAUGAUGUCCUUCAGUUAACAUUUUUUCUCACCCCCAGCUGCAGACCACUUUAAACAGUGUAUUUUUUUUUUCAGAUGUAAUGAAUUUCAAAUUAAUACAUAACCCACAUUUAGUGUAAGAUACUUUUGACCUCCCAGAACUUGUACUACAAUUUAGUACAGUUCUGGUCAAAACAAGUCACUAUUCAUGUCUUCUCUCUGCCAGAAAUUGUUACCGCAUGAUUGACAUCACAUACUGAACAUGCACCAAAGUCAUGCUGCUUGUGGAAUCAUAGUUUCUUUGAUACUCAACUAAGGUUCUUUCAGUGUUCAUUUCAUAUGUCGUUAAUUAUUUUAGAAACUAAUUUUAUAGUAUUGAUUAUAUAACUGUGUGUAUGUGUAGAAAGAGUACUCUUAGUAUGUGGAAAGAGUGCUCUUAACCAUUUAUGCAAAGAAAUUAUUUUGUCAUAUUAUAUACAGUAUAACUCAUAAGAAGAGGAGGGUUUCUUGAUGUAAUUUUACAUAACCUCUCUAUAGAGUAUGAAAAUUCAUUCCCCAGGGAUUCAUUAAAUAGGAAUUUCACUGUAACAUCAUAUUUACAGUCACAUGCAUCUUUCCAUAAGAAACCUCUUCAUGUAGCAAACAAAUUUUGUAUGGUAAUCCAAAAAUGUUCAUGUCCUGAGUAUCAUUGUAGGUAUAUUUGUGACAGAUAAAGGUACUGUCAGUUACAGUAUUUAUUCAUUAAUUUAGUAUUGGAACACUGUGAUGCAAAGUUAACUAAUGCUUUAAGGAUCUCUAUAGUUUAUGUGUAUGGGUUAAUUGAUUCUUGGGUUUUUAAUUAUGUUCUCAACUGUAUAAGUUAUUUAGCGUCAAAUGGUAGAAUGUACAAUGAACUCCCCAUUAUCCAGUAUGUGUGGGGAUUGAGGUUUGCUGAUUACACAAAUCUGCCAGUUGCAUGAGAAAAAUUCUUAUAGAAAAUGAAUGCAGAGUCAAAACGAGAUGUUUUUGCUGUACUCCUUGUGUGGGAAUCUUCCUGUGUGAUGUAGGGGAUUGAUAGAUGAAAGAAUUGUAUGCAUUCAUUGUAAUGAAAUGAUAAAUUCAAGUAGCCUCUAGUGUGCUGGUGCCUGCCUGAGGAUGAUAGGUAGCAUUGCUGGUGGUGGCUGGAAGAAAUGUUAUGUGGUAGGUGAAUGUAUGCAGAUUGCAAGUUUAUUUUUGUAUAACUUUAUAAAAGUGGUAAAUUCUGUUUGAAAAUUUUGCCAAUUAGAUGAGAAUUCUAGAUACUUGGAUGCUGGAUGACUGGGAGUUUAUUGUGUAUGAAUGAUGAGUUGAAAGGCUGUGGCCUA